UUGGAGCUCCGAAUACCCAUUUCGCGGACCCAAUUUUCCGAAAUCAAAGUUUAUCUCUGUAUUAGGAGUUGAUUGAAGUUCAUUGUUAGAGUUUUUGCUGGCAAUUGAGCUUUACAGUCUGUUGCAGCUGCGAUAAGACGUAGUUGGAUUGACUGCAAAUCACUCUUACAUUUCAAGGAAGAACACCUCCGGUUAGGGGUAUGAGAGUUCCUCGAAUUCUUGAGGUGUGGAAACUGGGCACUGUCAAUUACCUUGAGGCACUGAAGCUGCAAGAGAAGCUCACAGCUGAUAGAAAAUCCCUUAAAAUAACAGAUACCCUGUUGUCUUUACAACAUCCGCCUACAUAUACCCUUGGCAAAAGGCGAACUGAUCACAAUCUAUUAGUUCCCGAGUCUGAACUUGAAGCCAUGGGAGCCGAACUUCACUAUACGCAAAGAGGAGGUGACAUUACUUUUCACGGUCCUCACCAAGCCAUCUUGUAUCCUAUUAUUUCUUUGAGAGAUAUAGGCCUUGGAGCUAGAAAGUAUGUGGAGAAUCUUGAGUUAACCAUGAUUGAGUUGGCAUCGAAAUAUGGCGUGAAAGCACAGGCUGGAAGAACAGGAGAAACCGGAGUUUGGGUUGGGGAGAGAAAGAUAGGAGCCAUUGGAGUACGGAUUUCAUCUGGGAUUACCUCACAUGGCUUAGCAUUCAAUAUCAAUCCCGAUUUAAGCUACUUCAAGAAUAUUGUGCCGUGUGGGAUUGCAGAUAAGGAGGUUACAUCUUUGAAAAGAGAAGCAACCGUAGAACUUCCUGGUGAAGAUGUAAUUCAGGAGGAGCUCAUUUCUUGCUUUAUUAGAUUAUUCGGUUACAACGAUAUUGUUUGGAAAAACUUCCCAUCCUUACCACUUCAUACCUAAAAACUUAUUUCCAAAAACACCCACAUUGGCUUCGACUUCAGGAGCACCUCCUAUAGGGUUCUUGAUUGUGUUCAUCGAAUUACUUAUUUAUAAUUCUCGAACAUCAAGGCUCAUUAGUCCUCUGUAAUAUCUCCAUUUUCAUUAAUACCAAUGUUUUGUUCCUACACAAA